CCCGCCCCCGCCGCCUCAGCGCUGCCCGCGCCGGCCGCCGCGCCCCGCGGCCCUGCCCCGAGCCCAGGAAUGGCUGAGUAACGCGGUAUCCCUGUCCGUUCUGCCGACCUCCCUGUGUGCCCUGCAUGGGGCUGCUUCAUAGACUCAUAGGGUGCUAAGGGGUUGGAAGGGACCUCGAAGAUCAUCCAGUUCCAAUCACCCCCUGCCGUGGGCAGGGACACCUCCCUUCAGACCGGGUUGCCCAAGGUUUUAUCCAGCCUGGCAUCCGCAGGUCUCUGAGCAAUCUGUUCUGGUGUCUUACCACCCUCACAGUAAAGGAUUUCUUCCUAAUAUCUCAUCUAAAUUUCCUCUCUUUCAAUUUGUGCCCAUUACUCCUGUUCUGUCUCUACAGAUGAAUAGGCCCUCUCCAUCUUCCCUGUAGCUCCUUCACCUGCAAGGUGCUCUGAGGUCUCCACGCAGCCUUCUCCGAUUCUCUUAGCCUGUCUUUGUAAGGGAGGUGUUCCAGUCCCCUUUCCAACUUCGUGGCCUCCUCUGGACUUGCUCCAGCAGUUCUGUGCCUUGUUAUCCUGGGAACAGAGGUGUGCACCGUGCUCCAGGUGGGCUCUCACACGGGCAGGGGAGGGGGCAGAAUCUCUGGCUGCAGCCCAGGACGGCUUUGGGGGCUGAGGGGAAAAACCUGACAUUUCUGAAAAUGGCAGCUGAGACAUCCACGGAAGUUGCAAAAACAGCUAAACAAUUCGUCCUUAAGGAAGAGGUAAUUGUAGAAAGACAAUGGUUGAAGCUUUCAGAAACAACUUACACUGAUCCCUUUGGGAAAACCAGAACUUGGGAAACUGUAAAGCGUACUGGCAACAAAAAGGGGGUUACAGCUGAUGGUGUAGCAGUGAUAGCAGUGCUACAGAGAACCCUGCACUACGACUGCAUUGUCCUGGUGAAACAGUUCAGGCCCCCAAUCAAUGGCUACUGCUUGGAAUUUCCUGCAGGCCUCAUUGAGGAAAAUGAGUCAGCAGAAACUGCUGCGCUUCGAGAGCUGAAGGAAGAAACUGGGUACAAGGGGGAAGUCAUUGAAUGUACUCCAGCUCUGUGCUUGGACCCAGGAAUGUCAAACAGCACAACACACAUCGUGAGUGUUGUCAUUAAUGGAGAUGAGGCUGAGAACACAAGACCUAAGCAAAACCUUGGUGAGUUCUAAUUUGUGGAAGUUGUUUCACUUCCGAAGAACGACCUGCUGCAAAGGAUUGAUGAACUAGUAGCAGAGGAACAUCUGGCAGUAGAUGCCCGGGUUUACACUUACGCGUUGGCUCUGAAGCGUGCAGAAGAAAAACCGCUCCAAGUUCCUUUCAUGAAGUUCUAGAACUGGACAAUGAGAAAUUUAAUUCAAAACUUCCUAAGUUGGAUGGCUUAGAAGUACAACUCUUCUUGUAAUCAGGGUCCUUUGCUGUACUUGUAGAGCAAAAAAAGUGUAGUGAUUCUGGUAUUUUUAUUUGGAAUUAUGUAACUGACAAAAAGCAUUUCUUUUAACUGCUCUAUCACCCCUUGACAGAAUAGCUAUAAUAAAAAUACUGUUUAAUUUUCAGAA